GCAUGUAGUUGCGUGAGGCCAGGAGGCGCCAAACAUAACCAACUUGUGUAAGCCAAGGCCACUUUGUUUUGAAGAAACUUGGCCACAUCUUGUCCACACAGUUUCUCUGUUUCUGAUGGAUAUACCCACCCCAUAAUCCAAAACCAGAGAAUUUCAAUUUCUCUGGACUUGGAAGGAAACACAAAGGCAGCGUGAGGAGGAAAAAAUGUCGGUGGCUUCACCGAUUCCUUGCAUCAAGACUCUAAAUCGGACAUCAUCAACACCAGCGACCUCCUCCUCCUCCGCUUCCGCUUCUUCUUCUUCUUCUUUUAAAUUUUGUGCGUCGAGGCGAUAUAUUGUCACAAUUCGGAGUUCCCAAACUGAGGGUCCUAUAAGGAGACCUGCGGCUCCUUCUCUCAGAGAACCUUUGAAGCCCACUCCUCCUUCUUUUCCGGUAGCGCAGCCUCCGCGGCCUGCUUCGGUGGCUCUGGAGGAUUCUACUGUAAUUACUAUGGAAUUUCAGAGGCAGAAGGCCAAGGAGCUGCAGGAGUAUUUUAGGCAGAAGAAGCUUGAGGAGGCAGAUCAGGGUCCGUUCUUCGGUUUCAUUGGCAAGAAUGAGAUUGCCAAUGGAAGAUGGGCUAUGUUUGGUUUUGCCGUCGGAAUGCUAACAGAGUAUGCAACAGGCUCGGACUUUGUCGAUCAAGUAAAGAUCCUCCUCUCCAAUUUCGGUAUACUAGACCUUGAAUGAACAUCUUGUAUGAUCCUCAAUUCAUGAAUACUUUCUGAAAUUGAAUUACUUGUUGAUCUACACAGCUUUCUUUGUAAUUUGUUUGAAUUUCACUUUGCUUGAGCAAUCGAUUAUCGCAUAUCAUAUCUUCUUGAUUCGUUUGA